GCAAAAUAUUAGCCGGCAUACUCGAUAAGCAAGCGCCACCCAUGCCGCCCAAAAAGGAGAAGCUCUCGAAGGAACAAGUUCGGGACCUUCUUCGGAAUUACGGCAUUCGCUUCGAAGGUCCUGUCCCGCCCAGGGACUGGCCCAGUGAACACGAACGUCAUUUCCAUGCCAUCCGCGAUAUUUCUUAUAUUCGCUACGAUGAUUACAAGCAUAAUAGAAAUGUAGAGAGAGAGAGAAGGAGGCUCUACAAGCAGCGAGCCAAUAAACUUCGCCAGAAGGCAUCUGAUCUUCUGGAGGAUCUCAGUAUAAAUGAGGCUACAUGGCGCGCCGCUCUGGAACAGGUUGUCAGCGAACCUUUUGAGCAGGACGUCGUUUGCCGUCGAUGUGGGGACGAAACUUGGUUCGCCGAUUUUCUAGCAAGCCCGCUCGACCAAGGCACUAGAGCAACUCUUCGAGCAAGGCAGACACUUCGGAAGAAAUGCACUUGCGAGUCUGGGCCUCCGCUUGCGCGGACGAGGAAUAAUGUGGAAGAGGAUGGUCCUGUCUUUUGUUUCGCGGUGGAGGCAGUCGUUACUCACUGCGCGGAAGAUGAUGCUCUCCAGCAUCUGAGCGUGCCCAUGAAACCCGACCGGGUGAUCGGACUGAGACCAACAAGUAGGAUAAACCACUGUAUCGCUGCCGCUCCACGGCACUUGUCUCACUGUCCAAUACGGGGAAGAAAUAUUGUAUACCCAUUCCUGGUCAUAGAAGCAAAGAAGGAGGAAGACGCACCGGGCUUCAGAGCAAUCCAAAAACAGACAGCAUUUCCUGUGCGCCGGCUUCUACAAGCGCAGAACGACCUGCGAUCUGUAUGUGGGGUCGAUUGUGAGCCGUUCCUAGUCUGGUUCUUUGCCUACCAGGGAGAAGAAUGGCGACUGUACGCAGGUACACUCGAAAGUCCCAAAGUGCGUAUCUACGAUUUAUGGCACGGUACGAUAGAGUCACAGGAUGGUGCUCUUCAGUUACUGCUCAUCGUAGACUAUAUAUGGUCAUGGGCCAGAGAUAUCUAUCGACCCGCUAUCAUGAGCUGUCUUCUUGGGCCCAAUAUGGAGCACAGAGAGCACUCUCCAGCCACAACGGAUCGCUUUCGCUAUUCCCUGUCUGUACCUACUGAACCGAGGUCUCCGCCGAUUGCUCACGACCUAGACCUAUUGUCAAUGGACCAGGCAUUACUACACGUAGAGGGCACAGACCACUUCUUCCAAGUCAUGGACCAAAGGACGUCCGAUCCAGAAGUUCAACCCAUCUCGGAAGUCAUGGACACACAUUCGCAUCCUUUUCUCAGGUGGACGGCGGAGCACGAGCUCUCACCGAGCUGGACAUCGGUGGCCAAUAUACGUCACUCUGAUAUCGUCUCCUUCAACUUCCAGCUUUAUACUGCCCCAAUACCCAGCGAAGAUGCACGGAUCCCUUCGGAAUUUGCUUUUCCCGUCCCGGAUAGCUGUACCUUCACUAUACCCAGGGAGCUACUCCUUGGCCUUGCAAGUUUCUGGACCAACACUACGCAUUCUUCAUUACCAAUUUCUAGCGGCAUGGUUCACUGUACAAUCCUGUUUCACACCUACUGCGAGCAGACUACCUGGCAGAUUCAGCGGGUACUGAAUUGCAUCGUUUGGGAAUGCUCUCAUGCCCGCGCAUUCUCAUCCCUCGUCCCAAAUGCAUCCCCUGCAGGCAUUACGGCAUAUGGAUCACGACCUUUCAACGCUAUCCAUCUACAGAGGCGGGUGCAGGAGGUUCAGCAAAUGCGAGGCGGGUUUUCGGUAUUCCACGCUUUGCGUAACACGUCGUUUAUUCUUAAGUCUACGGAAGACGGUGGCCCUACCUCCGACGCUAGCCCUGACAUUCGCUGGAUACCGUGCGAGGAGAUUCCCAUCUCUCCAAACCAGGCAAGGUUUUGGAUGGAUGGUCCAGAUUACGACCACCUCGAUUCCAUCAGCACGACCCCUCCGUUCAUGUACCGAAAGCUUUUAGAAGUGCACCCUAGCACCGACGAAACCUCUUUUCCCCUGCUUCAGGAUCUUCAGGAAAAUUUUGGAGCAAAUGACGCUAUUCUAGCAGUGAAGCCUCAAGCAUGGCCUAGUACAUGUCCCAGGUUUUGUCUCUUCAUUCUGAUUCAGCAAGACUUGGAGCAAAGGCAUGCACUGCACAAGCUACUUCAUCAAACUCUCAAAGAUCGGAAUCUCUAUUUCGGCGAUGAGUGCACAUUUACUGAGGAAGAUAAGGAAUCUCUUCGGGACUGGUGUAAGGCGCUCAAGGAGGUGGGCUAAAUAUUGUUUGUAAGUUGUGUGCGAUGGCAGGACGGUUACAGGGAUUACAGCACGAGAGCACCCCCUGUGAGGCGUUCUAGGUUCAUUGUUACUUCCUGCUUUUUUAUAGAGUAAUAACUUCUCACGAACUAGCAACUAUGUUCCCUUGAACCAGUUGGCAUACUCUACACGCAUGCG